AUGUCGGAUGCAGCCGCGCCUGAUGAGGACGAGCUCCUUGAGUCGUUGACGAACGAGGCUCUGAUCGAGGACCUGGCCGCGAAGAUCGAGGGCUUCGACGACGACUUCCGCGCAGCGGAGAUGUCCGAGUCCGACGAGGAGGAGAACUUCGACGAGCAGGACCUCGCCCUCGACGAGCGCAUCCUCGAGGCCAAGCGGACGUGGGAGAGCCUCAUGGAGUACCACAGGCUCCUGGAGCGGAGGUUGGUGCAGUACCUGGUCGACAUCAAACGGCGCGGGCCGGGGGGCAUCCCGCUGAGCGAGGACCCGGGGUCCGGCGUGCGGUUCCAGGCCACGCUGCGCGAGUGGCAGGGCCUGCGGGACCAGAAGUCGGGGCUGGAGAGCAGCCAGGACGCGCAGCUGCGCGAGAUGCAGCAGACGCUGGCGGACAAGCGGGCGCGCGCGGAGGAGGCGCGGCAGGCGUUCCAGGGCUUCGUGAUGGAGGUCGCGCAGAGCUCGGAGUACAGCCGGACGGGCAAGCCGAUCCCGCCGCGGCUGCUGCAGGACCUGUCGGGUCAGACGCGGGACCGCGCCAACGAGCUGACGCGGGUGCGGCUGCGGUGGGUGCAGCUGCGGUCGCACCUCGCGCGGCUCGAGGAGACGCUGCGCAGCAAGGAGGAGCUCGCGGAGGGGCUGCACUUGAUCGACUUUGAGCAGCUGAAGAUUGAGAAUCAGGCUCUGAACGAAAAGAUCGAAGAAAGGACCGAGGAGCUGUCCCGGCUGCAGCGCAAGUCCAUGGCCGCGGUGCUCGUGCUCACGCACGUCAAGGAGAAGCUCCAGUUCGUGGAGCAGGAGGCGGAGACGCUCACGUCGCGCCUGGAGGGCUACGAGUCUGCGCUGGGCGGGAAGCGCGAGGAGCUGCACGCGGCCAAGGUGCGGCGGGACCGGCUGCGGAUGGCGACGAUGCGGCUCAAGGAGCACAAGACGACGGUGUCGAGCCAGAUGCUGCUGGAGGAUCUCGGGCAGCACCGCGCGCGGCUGCAGGACCUGCAGGUGGAGCUCGAGGGGCUCAAGCGGCGGCACGGGGAGCUCAGCGAGGACACCAAGGCGCGCCAGGAGGAGCUCACGACGCUCAAGAGCCGCGCCGCGGAGAUGGCGGGGAUCGCCGCGUGA